AUGUGGGGCUGGACGACUUAAGCGCGCUUGGAAUUGAGGGCUUGGACAAUAGGCCGUUCGCAGACUGCCCCAUCUGAAGCCUUCUCCCACCGACGAGUGAAGGCGCGGCGCCGGACGCACGGGGCACGAGGGAGUGAGGGGGAAGACAGCGCGCGGUGGCCAUGGCGGCGUACGCCCCGCGCGUAAGCGUGUGGGCGGCAGGCAGCAGGCGGAGACGGCUCCCGGAGCGCCAGGCACCAUCAAGCGGUGGCACCACAAGCGCGGUGCCAUGACCCACGGUUCCAAGUCGCACCGUGAGCACGGCUCCAUCGGCUCGGCCACCACCCCCUCGCGCGUCUACCCCGGCCUCAAGAUGGCGGGCCAGAUGGGCAACGUGCGCAUGACCGUCAAGAACCAGACCAUGCUCAAAUUGAGGCUAGCGGGGGCUAGCUAGCGAGCUGGCUAGUUCUCAAGUGGGGGAGGAGGGGUGGGGCUUAUAAUUUUAGAGAGCGAGCUGUCUAGCUGGUUGGCUGGCUCCAACGGGGGGAUGGGGGUUUGGGUUGCAGGAUGGGGAUUUUGGAAGGAGGGGGAGGCGGUAGCAGCAGUGGGACACGGCCGCAGGGGCUGAGGCUGAGGCACGGUCAGCAUGUCGUAGAGGGAGGGGCAAGGACGUGUGCGGCCUACGGGGGAAGGCAGGUGCGCCGGCACCGUCCAUAGCACGGCCUGCCUGACGCGGUUGUCGUGAGGAGCGCGUGGCCUUGUGUCUCUAACAAUGCUGCCUCCUUCCCGACGCCGUAGGUGGACACAGAGCGCCGCGCGCUGGUGGUCAAGGGCUCGGUGCCCGGCAAGGUGGGCAACGUGGUGGAGAUCGUGCCCGCCAAGCUGGUCGGCGUCAGCUCGUAAACAGUAACUGUCAACAGCAGCAGACUGACUGGCUGGCUGGCUGGCUGGCUGGACAGCAGCAGCAGCACGUGUCGCAGCCACCGCCUUGGCAGUCGCCGAGCGUGCAGGCCGGUGGGUGCCGGCUGAGGGCUGUGUGGGCGGCUAUGUGGGCGGCUGUGGGAGGCCGUGCAUGGGCAGCGGCUGCGGCGGCUGGACUGGGCAGGUCUCUCGGCUGCUCUGACGGGAGGAGGAAAGUGGGGUAGUGGCAGAGCGGAGAGGUAGCGGGGGGCCCGGCGUAGCAGCGGGUUUGUGUGCGGUGGCUGCAGGGCGUGGCCGCCGGGGUGUGGCUGCAGGGUGUGGCCGCGCGGCACAGCGAGCCGCGACUGGUGCUGUGGGGCGGGGGCCUGUCAGCAGCAGUAGUGCCGCGUGUGGUGGGGCUGGCGGCGGCGGCGGGGCCCGGCGGCACUGGCGGCACUGGCGGCGGCGGUGGUGGUGGUGGCGGUGUAGGAGGUGCGGCCGGUGGCCAGGCCCAACAGAGCGGGGACCAGCGCAGCGAGGACAUCCAGCGGCUCGAGGACCAGCGCAGCGAGGACAUCCAGCGGCUCAAGGACCAGCACAACGAGCUGACGCAGCAGUACAACCAGCUGCGGCUGUGGUUCAUCUUCAUGACGCUCGCCAUGCUGGCGUUCACGUCGGUCAAGCCGGACACAGCGCUGGGAACCAUUCUAUCCUUCCUUCCGAAGCUCUUUGGGAAGCCUUAGCGCUAAGACAGGUGAGGGAGGAGGGCUUCUGCAUACGUGCUGUAGGGCUGGGGGAACACAAUGCCAGAGGCGGGGCGGGGACCUGGAGGCUGGGGCAUGCAAGUGCGAGACACAUGGGCGGGGCUGGCAGUAUGUGUGAGGUUGCCGAAUUCCUAACCCGCUGCAUAUGUCCGCUCACCCCAGCUUGCAAGGCAGGCCCCUUCACGCCGGCGUUGCUCUCCCACUCAGCAUCCGCACGCGUGGUGGCUGUGAAGGAACGAGCUGCAAACCGGCGGCAGCAGCCAGGCUUUGCACGGUCUCGCAGCACAGGGGCGGUUCCACAUCAUGGUGCGCUGCCACUGCUAGCGGUUCGUGGAGGGGGUUACGGAGGGGCGUGUCCUGGAUGUUUGGUUUCGUGGGGGCGGCAAGGCUGAUAGCUGAGGGUUGGAUGGGGCAUGCCGCGCCCCUUUGUAUGCAUGUUUUGCGGGACCCUGAGCAGCACUCAUCGUGGUACUGUGGCUGUCGUGCUGGGCUCGCACUGCGUGCAUGGAUAAGGCGGCGUGCAGUGCUUAAGCUCGCUGGCUUUGUAUUUUUACUUGGGACGGCGUAAUAAGUAGAACCCACGUCUUGCAUUGCGGCAUGUUCUGUGCUGAUUCAGGCGGCCAUUGCGCAUGUCAAUAUGUACGAAUGCCGCACUGAUGUACAACAACAAUGCUAUGCAGAACUGUAUCUAGUUGAUGCAGGGGUGCAACCAACCUGCUGUAGAUAUACCUACUGGACAACAUAUGUACCGGACGACAGGCAAACCUGGGCAACAAGCGUGUGCAAUGUGUGCUAUGCACCCGCCGCUGUGUCCGUGCCUAAUAGGGCGGUGGUAAUAUAGGAUUGCGUGUGUACCUGUGAAUGUCGAGCAUAUGUAACUAUGUGGAGCG